AUGAUGCAACAUACAGCCUCUGAGAAUAUCGACCAGGAUUUGCAAAAAACUACGGUUGGCAAACCACUCAAGACAGGCCGGCUAGAACCCCAUCUAUCGGCAUCUCCCGAGGAAGGGGGUGUACAGAGCCUCGCUCAGGUUAUCAAAGCACAGUCGACAUGCGAGAUGUUAUCGUCUCUACCUGAGUCUCAGGACCAAGCCCACCUCAACCCGAACAGCUCCAAAUUCCGUGCCAAAGACUGGGCGAGGGAAUUUUACAAUCUUAGAUUCCAAGGAGGAGAUAAGCCUCUGAAGGCAGGGAUCGCUUUUAGGAAUCUUAAUGUGUGUGGCUACGGGACACCUACGGAUUACCAAAUGAGUGUUGGAAACGCAGCGUUGAAGAUGGUUGGGAUGGCAGCGGAGCUGUUCGGCAUAAGACGGAAGCAGCGAGUCGACAUUCUACGCGACAUCGAUGGACUAUUGUUACCUGGUGAACAACUCUGUGUAUUGGGCCCUCCUGGAUCAGGAUGCUCUACGCUCUUGAAGACCAUUGCCGGCGAUAUCUUGGGGCUCGAAGUGCAACCAGGAUCCUACAUCAACUAUCAAGGUAUCACUCCAAAGCAGAUGAGCAGCGCCUUCCGCGGGGAAGCCAUCUACACCGCUGAAGUGGACUGCCAUUUUCCAUCACUCUCCGUGGGGGACACACUCUACUUCGCAGCACUCGCCCGAGUUCCUCGCAAGAUCCCUGGUAGACUCAGUCGCGAGCUUUAUGCUACCCACCUACGCGAUGUCACCAUGGCUAUGUUUGGAAUCGGCCAUACGAAAAAUACUCGAGUGGGAAACGAUUUUGUACGUGGUGUUAGCGGAGGUGAAAGGAAGCGAGUGACGAUCGCCGAGGCGGCUCUGAGCUAUGCACCAUUACAGUGCUGGGACAAUAGUACACGAGGUCUGGAUAGUGCCAACGCGAUCGAAUUUUGCAAGACACUGCGGAUGCAGAGUGAUGUGUUCGGUAUAGCGUCCUGCGUGGCGAUUUACCAGUCGCCCCAGGCAGCUUAUGAAGUUUUUGACAAAGUGACGGUACUAUACGAAGGGAGACAAAUCUACUUCGGAAGAGCAUGCGAUGCAAAAACCUACUUUGAAAACCUUGGGUUCGAGUGUCCAGAAUCUCAGACUACUCCCGAUUUCCUUACUUCGAUGACAAGUGCCACAGAGCGGGUGAUUAGACCGGGUUUUACUAGCCUCGCGCCACGAACAGCAGACGAGUUUGCCCAGAGAUGGAAGGACAGUUCUGAGCGCAAACAGCUCCUGAACCAAAUUCAGCAAUAUAGCCAGGAACAUCCCUUUGGGGGAGCCGACCUUCAACAAUUUUCAGACGCUAGAAAAUCAGACAAGUCCACCAAGCAGCGUGGAGGCUCGCCUUAUACAUUAUCAUACUGGUCACAGAUUCAGUUGUGCAUGAUGAGGGAAAUAACGCGAAUCAAAAAUGAACUUGGCGUCCCAAUCUAUAUGCUGGUAAACAACAUAGUCAUGUUCUUGGUGAUUGGAAGCUUGUUUUAUAACCUUUCUCCAUCCACCUCGUCCUUUUUUGGGCGUGGAGCUACAAUGUUUAUGGUUGUCAUCCUCAAUGCCUUGGGAACUAUGCUCGAGAUCAUUAGCCUCUACGGAAAACGCCAGAUCAUAGAGAAGCAUAAACGCUAUGCACUCUAUCAUCCUAGUGCUGAUUCUAUUGCGUCAAUGAUCAUGGAUCUACCGUAUAAAAUUGUGGGUGCCAUUGUGCUAAACAUUGUGCUUUAUUUCAUGACAAAUCUUCGCCGCGAGCCCGGUGCCUUCUUCUUUUUCCUCCUCAUCGUUUUUACAGCACAGUUAACAAUGUCAAUGUUUUUCCGGCUCCUUGCAUCAUUGACAAAGACUCUUGAGCAAGCAAUGACUCCAACAACGGUCGUCAAUCUUGGACUCGUUAUGUACGCUGGGUUUGCAAUUCCUAGCUCAUAUAUGCUUGGCUGGUCACACUGGAUCCGGUAUAUUAACCCUGUGUACUAUGCAUUUGAAGCCCUUAUGGUCAAUGAAUUUCAUGGCCGAGACUUUGCAUGCUCGAGUUUCGUACCAUCAGGACCUGGCUAUGACGCGGUGUCCGCGGAGCAGCGCGUUUGCUCGAUAAUGGGCUCGGUACCGGGCUCCAGCACCGUUAACGGUGACGCCUUUAUAACUCAGUCCUACGGAUACUCUUAUAGCUUCCGCUGGGCGGAUUUCGGCAUCCUGGUUGGCUUUUGCGUUUUCCUCUGCCUCUGCCACUUGAUGGCGUCGGAGCUUGUUGCCGCUCAGAGAUCUAAGGGCGAAAUACUUGUCUUUCGUCGUGGCAAGAUACACCAAAAAAGGGUCAAGCAGCAGCAAGUUGAUGAUGAGCAGCCAUAUGCAGGAGUUUCCUCCAGCGAGAUGACAAGUUCCAUUCUUUCUCCCCAGGGUGUGGAGCAGCAGGAUUCUAUUUUUCAUUGGGAGAAUGUUUGCUACGAUAUUACAGUCCAAGGAGAAAAUCGAAGACUGCUAGAUCACGUUGAUGGAUGGGUCAAGCCAGGCACUUUGACGGCUCUAAUGGGUGUUUCUGGUGCUGGGAAAACAACACUUUUGGACGUUCUCGCUAACCGCACCACGAUGGGUGUCAUCACGGGGAGUAUGCUCGUGGACGGUCAUCCUCGAGAUAACUCAUUCCAGCGCAAAACUGGAUAUGUGAAGCAGCAAGAUCUUCAUCUGCAGACCUCCACCGUUCGCGAAGCCCUCGAGUUUAGUGCUUUGCUCCGACAGCCAAAGCAUUUCACAAGGCAGCAGAAAUUGGACUACGUCGAGACGGUCAUCAGGCUCUUGUGCAUGGAAGAAUAUGCAGAUGCAAUUGUCGGAGUCGCCGGAUCAGGACUAAACGUCGAACAGAGAAAGCGUCUCACAAUCGGAGUGGAGCUUGUCGCACGCCCCAAGUUGUUAAUCUUCUUGGACGAACCCACUUCCGGUCUUGACAGCCAGACGUCUUGGUCUAUCUGCAACCUCAUGGAAACAUUGACGAAUAAUGGGCAAGCAAUUCUGUGCACAAUCCACCAACCGUCAGCAAUUCUUUUUCAGCGUUUCGACCGACUCCUGCUCCUCGCUCCAGGUGGUAAGACAGUCUACUUUGGAGAAAUUGGUAAACACUCUCACAUGUUGAUGGACUAUUUGGUUCGAAAUGGCGGUCCUGCCUGUCCCGCAGGAACUAAUCCUGCCGAGCACAUGUUGACCGUGACCGGUGCUGCACCUGGGUCUCAAACGGAAAUUGAUUGGCCGAACGUCUGGCGCAACAGUCCGGAAUACCAAGCAGUUCGCGACCAUCUUACGAAGCUCAAACAACCGGUUGAAAAACCAUUCACGGCACCCCCCACAAGUGACCGCUCUAACGACACCGAGUUUGCUGCCCCGUUCACGACCCAGUUUUUUAUUGUCUCGAAGCGUGUGUUCCAGCACCUCUGGCGUAGUCCAUCCUACAUUUAUUCAAAGAUGUUUCUUUGUCUAGCCAGUGCAUUGUUCAUCGGAUUCUCCUUCUUUAAUGGUGCAAAUACUCAACAGGGGUUGCAAGACCAGAUGCUUGGGGUGUUUAUGUUUAUCAUCAUCUUUGUCCAGCUUGUCAUGCAGAUUAUUCCAGCCUAUGUGAGCCAGCGGACGUUGUAUGAAUCGCGGGAAUGUCAGUCCAAAACGUACGCUUGGCAGAUUUUCCUUCUCUCGAGCAUCCUCUCCGAACUUAUGUGGAAUUCGUUGAUGGCCGUAUUGUGCUUUGUUGCUUGGUACUACCCCAUGGGUGUUUGGCGAAACGCAUUGUAUACGAAUGCGCUCCACUCCCGGAGUGCUCUUGUCAUUCUUACUCUCUGGGCUGGUUUCCUCUGGAGCAGCUCCCUGGGCCAUCUCGUCAUAUCAGGAUUUGACUUCGCGGAAAUGGCAUCGGGUCUCUGCAACUUCCUGAUGCUCAUGUGCAUGUACUUCUGCGGAAUUAUCGCCAGACCAGACUCUUUCCCCAGGUUCUGGAUAUUCAUGUACCGCGUGAGCCCCAUGACCUAUCUCGCCUCCGCGUUCCUAUCUGCCACCCUCUCGGACGCCCCGAUGCACUGCAGCGAAACCGAAGUCCUGUCAUUUAUGAGCCCGAAGAAUCAGUCUUGUGAGGAUUACAUGGCCCCCUACAUCGCAAGCAGCGGCGGCGUCCUUCUGAAUCCGAACACCAAUGAGAAUGGUGGGGAGACAUGCCGUUAUUGCCCGGUGGACAACACCAAUCAAUUUCUCAGCAGCAUGGGUAUUGAUCCAUCUACCCGUUGGAGGGAUUUUGGCCUAUUAUGGGUUUUCUUUGCAUUCAAUAUCUGCGCAACCAUCCUCUCAUACUGGUUUUUCCGCGUGCCUAAGAAAGGAAAGCACUAA